AUGGAGGAAAAGCCAGUGUAUUUGGAACGAACACGACUAAAACUUCAACUUGCAAAAAAUAUUCAUGAAAAAUUCGAAAUCAAAAUUUGUAAUAAAGACUUCAUUAUUUAUCCAAAUGUUUUCAAUCCAAAUAUUUUUUUCGGCACCGAAUUUUUAGCUAAAGAAUUAAUUACAAUAAUAUCUGAAUUUCAUGACAAACCACCGAAAUUACUCGAAAUUGGAACAGGUGCGGGUUACAUGUCAAUAUUAGCUGUGUUAAAUGGUGUAUCUCAUGCCACAUGUACUGAUAUCAAUAACAAUGCUCUUGAAAAUGCAAAAGAAAAUGCUAUUAAAUACAAUAUUAUCGAUCGAAUAACUAUUAAAUAUAGUGAUGUCUUUAGUGCAUUAAACUCUAAUGAUAAAUUUGAUAUUAUUUUCUGGAAUCAUCCAUUUGGUCAUAUUGACAAACCAGUAGAAGAACUAGAACUAUUAGAGCGAGCACUUAUAGAUCCAUUCUAUCAAUCUCUUGAUAAAUAUUUAAAGUACGCUAAUGAGUAUUUGAAUUCUGAUAAAGGACGAUUAUUUAUUGGCUUUUCAAUUACAGCCGGUUAUCAAGAAAUUUUUGAAUAUAUAGCAAAAAACUAUAAUUGGAAUGUUUAUCUUAGAAAUGAAAUAAAAUCAGAUACAAACACCGUCAUGCAAAUUGGUAUGUAUGAACUGACGAAAAUUCAAUAG